UCGAUUGCGCCGGCCUGCCCACCUGCUUCACGCGCCCUCACCGAGAUCAUGCAGCGCAACGGAGGGUACAACGAGGUGCAAGGUCAAAGACACACACGGAUCCCUGGAGCAUCUCUGCAUCUCUCACAGCCACCAAGACGUGAGUGUCUGAAGGGUCUUCUGGUGGACCUGCGAUCACAGCUGAGCAACUUGAAGAGGGCCAAGCCCUCACACCGACAUGUCAUUCGCCAGGGUGAGGCUGAGGAUCCCACCUGCAUCCCCAUCUUUUGGAUCAGCAAAUGGGUCGACUACUCUGACAAAUACGGACUCGGGUACGUGCUGUGUGACGACAGUGUGGGCGUGCUGUUUAACGACUCGACGCGUCUGGUGCUGUGCGACGACGGAGACACUCUGCAGUACAUCAACCGCACCAAAGCAGAGUUCUUGCUCAACCUCCGCAACUAUCCCUCUGCACUCUCCAAGAAGAUCACGCUUCUGAAGUAUUUCCGUAACUACAUGAGCGAGCACCUCUUGAAGGCCGGUGCCAACAUCACCCCUCGUGACGGUGAUGAGUUGACACGUCUGCCGUUGCUGAACAAAUGGUUCCGCACCAAGAGUGCCAUCGUGUUCCACCUCAGCAACGGAACCGUGCAGGUCAACUUCUUCCAGGACCACACCAAGGUGAUCUUGUGUCCACUGAUGGGUGCGGUGACGUACAUCGAUAAGCAAUGUGAGUGCCGCACGUAUCGCCUGAGCCUCCUGGAGGAGUUUGGCUGUAGCAAGGAGCUCGCUGGGCACCUGCGAUUCGCUCACAACAUGGUCAAGAAACUACUGGCCAGGAAGCGCUGAACACACACAUGCACACAGACACACAUGGCGUCCACACAGCAUUGCAU